AUGGAAACAAUUGGAAUGGUAAAUGAAGAAGCGUUAAUCGAUGCAGGAUUUCGUAAAAGACGAAUAGAAAAUGAUCUUCAACAUCUUGAACAAUUUAAACUUGAUAUAAUUCGAAAUAAUAUUGAUCUUAAUAGUAAAGCAGAAUCUGAAUUAAUUAAUUUAUUAACAAUAGUAUCCAAUAUUCAACAUCAUAUGAAAGAAAAAUUUGAUCAAUAUUUGUCGUAUUUAAAUUUAAUUGAAAUAUCUUUACAAUAUGAUGAAAGUCAAAUAAAUGAAAUAAAUCAAUUAUGUGAUAGUUUUCAAUUAAGUAUCUCUGAUAUAGAUGAAAAUUCGAAAUCAAUUUAUAUUACUUUACGAACAUUUCUAAAUCAAAAUUAUAAAUGUCAAAUAAGAUUAGAUAAAACAAUAAAUGAAUUAAAAGAAAUAUUUAGUAAACAAGAAAAUGUUGAUUCAAAUAAAAUAAUAAUAACAAAAAUUGAUAAUUAUUUUGAUGAACUUGAUGAUAAUCGUACAUUAAAAUCUUAUAACUGUGAUUCAACAAGUAUUCUUAUGAUACAUCUUAGAAAAUGA